ACAAUCGACGAAGAAGAAAGAAGGCGUCUCUAAGGUCGUCUCGACAAAAAGCAUUACUCCGCCUAGUGUUCUGGCGCAGAAUUGCUUUGUAAGACGCGCAACGGUUGGGGAAGCAUGAAUGAAAACGAGUCUUGCGCCACAGCGGCGUGAAAAGACGCAGACGCAGUCGCAGAAGCAUGUUUCAGGCUUCAGCCCUGUCUCCUCCUCCUUCUCCUUCUCCUCCUCCUCCAUGUGUUACCUGCCGCUGCGCCUCCUCUCUCCGGACUGUGCGCCCUCACUGCGCCAUGGCCACCGACACAUGCGCCUCCGCUCACCUCCUCAUGGAUUACGAGACGCAGCUCUUCCCAUACACCGGCGGCUACGGACGCUACAACCGCGUCGUGGUCGUGUUCAGCUGGCUGCCCAACUUCGCGGUCAUGCUGAACCUCUUCAGCGACGUCUUCUUCACCCUGCUCCCGGACUCGUACCACUGCAAGCCGGACCCGCAGCUGCUGCCCUCCACCUUCCUCCUCAGCAACUUCUCCCGACAGCGCUACUUCAACCUCACCAUCCCCUGGGUGAACGGCUCCGGCCUCAGCCACUGUGAGCUCUUCAAGUACCCGGCCAACACGUCGGAGCUCGCCGACACCGUGCCCAGGGAGAGGGUGUCCUGCACCCAGGGGUGGGAGUACAGCAGCUCAGCGGGGCUCCAGAGCAACUUUGUCACCGAGUGGAACCUGGUUUGCAGCGACUACUGGAAAAUCCCUUUGCAGCACAUCUGUUUCAUGACAGGGUGGAUUCUGGGAUACAUCUUCAUCGGUACAUUAUGUGACUGGUUGGGCCGUCGGCGAGGUUUCCUCCUCUCCAUCGUUCUGUCCAGCCUGCUGGGGGUCGCCGUGUGUUUGUCCAGCAGCGCUGUGAUGUUCCUGCUGCUGCGUCUGGCUCAAGGCGUCAUGCUCGCCGGGGUGCUCGUGUCCUCGUACAUCGCCAGGCUGGAGCUGUGUGAUCCUCCUCACCGGCUCAUGGUUGCCAUGGUCAGCGGCUUCUUUGCCGUGUUUGCCGAGCUGCUGUUGCCGUGUCUCGCUCUGUUGUGCAGAGAUUGGCCCAUUUUGCAGGCUGUGAUCACGCUGCCUCUGCUCCUGCUGCUUUCCUAUUGGUGCUGUGAGUCCGUGUUUCCUGAGUCUCCUCGCUGGCUGCUGGCCACCGCUCAGAUCCCUCAGCUGAAGAGGAGCCUCCAGGAGUUCUCCACCAGAAAUGGUGUUUGUCUGCAAGAUGACAUUUACCCCGGUGAAACUCUCCUGUCAGAUAUAGAUUCAACAUAUGGAGACGAGUGUCGACCGAGCUACCACUCAGUUCUGGAGCUGCGCGGGUCUCGUGUGAUCUGGAAGAACUGCCUGAUCCUCAGCUUCACUCUGUUUAUUGGAACAGGAAUCCAGUACUGUUUCACCAGAAACCUGCACCGUUACUCCACCAACUUCUACUUCAGCUACUUUCUCCGAGUCAUCACCGGAGCGAUGGCCUGCAUCUUCAUCUGUUUGUCCGUCAAUCGCUUCGGGCGCCGUGGGAUGCUACUGCUGUCUGCCAUCAUCACUGGGCUGUCGUCCCUGCUGCUGCUGGCCCUCACUCAGUACCUGCGUGGAGGCCUGGUGCUGGUGCUCUCUGUCGUGGGCCUGCUGUUCUCUCAGGCUCUCGCUAUGCUCAGUGUGUUCUUCGCCUGUGAGGUGAUGCCCACUGUCAUUCGAGGUGGAUGCCUCGGCCUGGUUCUGGCUGCGGGUUGUGUCGGCAUGGCCGCCUCCUCCCUGAUGGAGCUCCAGAACAACAGCGGCUACUUCCUCCACCAUGUCAUUUUUGCCUCCUUCGCCGUCCUCUCUGUCCUCUCCAUUAUGCUGCUUCCUGAAAGCAAACGCAAGCCGCUCCCUGACUCCCUGAAGCAGGGCGAGAACCAGCGGCGACCUCCGCUCUUCCUGGCCCGGCCCGACCGGGACAACCUGCCUCUGCUGUGCAGCCGGCCCCCUCUGGCGUCUUACAACCCAGACAACUACUCCCGCUUGUUUUCAGCCACCAGGAAGAUGUUGACUAAAGAGAAUUUGCCGUAUCAGAUUUCUCAGCCUGCUCUCUCCCCUCUGCUGUCCAGCAGUGACACACAGGGACAAGACAAUCAGACGCAGAGGGCGGAUGUACCUUAAGAGCCUCCUCAUCCUCCUCUGUGAAAACGUGGAUUAUCCCUCCUCCUUCCUACCUCUGUUGGUUUUACCUUCAUCCUUAAGUGAAUUAUUGUCUCAGGCACUGGACGCUCCUAACACAGCAGAGGAACUGGCCACAGCUUGAACUUUAGAACGAUAACUCCAAGUUUGUUCUCAGCAAAAUAUCAGUAUCUUGAUGUGUUUUACAUUUGAAGCCGUUACCGUGUGGUGGUAUUUUCUCCUGUGGAUUCAGCUUUUUUUGGAGGCUACAAAAGCCUCCGCUGAACUGUGAGUGUGCAUGUUGUGUCUCUUUGUGCUGUCGACUCCUUGCUGUCGAGGUUAACACUCCUCUGGAAAGUCCAGGUGAGGUCACGCUGCUUGAUUUGAGGUUUUCAAACCCAAUUGUUUUUUGAAACUCGCUCCACCGUGCGGCUGCUGUAAAUCAUCACGGGAUCAUGUGAGCAUCGACCCUUUGUCCAUUUCUUAACAACUCAUGCACUUUUCAUUAAGUAUGUUCAUCUGAUUCACCAGCAGUGUCUCCGUGCUGAGAGGACAAACAAGAGUGGUUCAUGCUGUGGUAGGGGAAGUCCUGUGUUUACCCAGGAAACCCACAAGAGGAUGCUAGAUGAUACCCUGCUCACUGGGAAUCACUAUCCUGUGGUAGACAAUAUUAUUAUUAUCAAUAGGAUAAACCUAAGUCCAAUAAAUACAUUAAUAUAUUUUGUGUGUGAUGUGCGAGCACAGUGAGGAGGUAAAGCACAUAAAUCAUCUACCUCAGAUUCGUAAAGUCUGUUAUUCUCUGCUCACAAAGACGAGUUUAAAACCACAACCUUCACUCAGGAGUAAGAAUCUGUGUUUAAAUGAAAAAAAGGAAAAAGUUGAUAUUAUCAAUAAAGAUAUUGUAUAGUAUUUUUCCAUAUUGCCCAGCCCUAAUUUAUUCCUUAGCAUUUUAAUGGUGAAACCACUAACAAGCUCUGAUAAUCAGAGUUUUUCACUUUUAAGUAUUGAACACAAUGUGGAGAUCUGUGUGAAAAAUUAAAACCACAACAGUAUUUUAAUGGUUUUUCUCUGUAACGUUUUGCUGUCACUGAAAGGAUGUUGAACUCCUCAAGGUUUUUGUGUGUGCAUGUGUGCGCUACAAGAAAAAAACAUACUGGCUCAGCCUUCAUGAGAUGUUACUGUGUUAUAUAUAUAUUUUUUUUACAAUAAUUCACUUUCAAUGUGCAAACAACAUUUAUAUGAACCUAAAUUCAUAUAGUUAGAAACUGAUUUUACAUUUUUUUAUAUGUUUAUUUGUUUAAGAUGUGAUUUUUAUGUUAAAAACUGUAGGAAUUAAGGAAUGUCACCUUUUUAUUUGUGUUUUAGCUAUCAUGCCAUCAGUUCACAGAUCGAAAUCAUGUCAAUAUUUUCAAGCCAAAAGUGGAGCAACUCAUCACAAAUUAAAUUUUAAAGGUGUAAAUCUGCAGUGACACGUUUAUCUCUCAGGUGCAUUACACUCUCAAACCACUAGGUAGAGCACUUCUCCUAGAAAUAUGGACAUGCUGGUGUCUUGGACUGUUUUUGUGUGUUUUUUUACUUCAUGUUCUGAUCCUCUUUGUAAAAGUGUCAUGUAAUACAGAUGUUCAAUACAGAUGAAACAUUGACUCAG